CCCAGAUCAGACACCAUUAUAAUCAAGCACUUCCAAGCCUCUCUCUUCCUCUGCAAUGGCUUCUAUUCCUCAAUUCUACCCCGAUUGCACAUGGGCUACUGAUAAUCUUUCUCAGUUUUCUACACCAACUAUGGCUGCAGGUGUGAGUAGUGGUGGUGUUGGCCAUGGUACAAUUUUUGGUACUGGUCCAAUAUGGAGUACUGGUCAAGAAAGUUUAGUGCCAUUAUUUGAUAAUAAUGGUGCAAUUGAUCAUAUUGUGUCAUCAGUAUCCGACAAUAGGAUGCCAUCAAUUCCAGGGCUACUCGGGACAUCGUCGACAAACUUAGCAGCCAUGCCGGCAUUGCCUGACUACAAAAUGGAUUCGUGUGCUAUGGCUGGAGUUGGCAACUUUGGUAGCGGGUACCAACAAACUAUGUGUGACUUUGGAGAUGAAUGUUGUGGGUUUUUGGAGGAUCUUAAGCCUGUUUAUCCUGCUGUUGGAGAAAAUUGGGGAAUUCAAGGUAAUCAACCACCUCUGAUUGAAGAGUCUAACAUCAAAGUUGGUCGGUACUCUGAGGAAGAAAGGAAGGAAAGGAUUCUAAGAUAUAUGAAGAAGAGAAACCAAAGGAACUUCAAUAAGACCAUCAAGUAUGCAUGUCGCAAGACCCUAGCUGACAGGAGAGUCAGAGUUCGUGGGCGAUUUGCAAGGAACAGUGAACUAUGUGAAGAAGAAAUGAUAAGGAAAAAGAAAGACAACCCUCACAAGGAGCAGGAGUUUUGCUGUAGUGAGUCUUUGCAGAUAAAAACUGAUGAGGAUGAGUGGCUGCAAGAGGCUAUGGCAAGUUUAAUGUAUUUACCAUAUAUUGCUGGGUGAGAUGCAUGGUGGAGCUAGUUUAUGCCAAAAUUGACAACUAAUAUUGUAGAGAUGUUUGAACAGGGCAUGACUUUCUAUCUUGUUUCGAAAACAAGGCAAAUUAAUGUUGGGAUUUUGUAAUAUUAUUCGCUUUCUAGUUGGGUUGCUUUCAGCUAAAUGCUCCACAGUAAAAAGUUCACUUAAUUUUAUGUUACUUUCUCCUUCACUUUAUUGCUUAGAUAAGCACAUGUAAACUUUGGCGGGUUUUGUGUU